AUGAUGUGGCUCUUGAUUUUCUUGGUCUGGUUGGUAAUAUGGGCCGGUGGCACUUACUGGUACCUGUUUGGGAAACCGAGCCCUUUCUCCCUGGAGUCAGUGCGACCCCCUGGACCUCGAGAGCUUGAUCAGAAGAAGCGGGACAAAGUCAUCAAGCAAGGUUUCAGCCUUGACAAGGUGCCCCAGAACCUGGAUGUCAUCGUCAUCGGGAGCGGCAUCGGUGGGCUGACAGCUGCUGCCACACUGGCCAAAGCAGGGAAGAAAGUCCUGGUGCUGGAACAACAUGACCAGGCAGGAGGCUGCUGUCACACCUACAUAGAGAAGGGCUUUGAGUUUGAUGUUGGGCUUCACUACAUCGGUCAGUUACACGAAAACAGCCUGUUGCGUAUCGCCUUCGACCAGCUCUCUGAGGGCCAGCUGGAGUUCCAGCAGCUAAAUCAGCACUUUGACACCAUCCAGAUUGGCCUGGGCGAUGAGAAACGAGAGUACACCAUCUUCUCCGGCAAAACUGAGAUGCAAGCACAUCUGAUGAAGCAAUUCCCUGAAGACGCAGAGGCCAUCGAGACGUUCUUCAAAAUCAUGAAGGUCUCAGCCAAGAAGACCCACUACCUGGCAACUCUGAAACUGAUCCCCCAGUGGGUAUCUUUGCUCCUGCUGAAGUCAGGCAUCGGACACCUCGUCUCCUCAGUCUUCCGUCUCUCUGGCACAUGUGCAACAGACUUGGUGAACACCCUGACCAGCAACAAGGAUCUUCAUCUCAUCUUUUCUUAUCUUUUCUAUGGCGUUCCUCCAAAGGACUCUAGUGUUCUGAUCAACGCCCUCCUGAUUCAUCACUACAAACGAGGUGCCUACUACCCUAAAGGUGGUGCCAGUGAGAUUGCCUUCCACAUCAUCCGCACCAUUCAGAAAUAUGGAGGAAACUGCCUGGUCAGAGCCCCCGUCUCCCGGAUCCUGGUUAAUGAGAAGGGAGCGGCUUAUGGUGUGAAAGUGAGGAAAGGUCAGGAGGAAGUGGAGGUUCAUGCACCAGUGGUUGUGUCCAACUGUGGCAUCUUCACCACCUUCCAGAAACUUCUACCCCCUGAGAUCAAAGUCAAGACUGAUAUUCAGGAACGACUGAACAUGAUGAAACACGGCAGAGGAUCGUUCUUGGUCUUCUCUGGCUUUGAUGGAACUGCAGAGGAGUUGGGCCUCGAGUCCACCAACUUCUGGCUGUUCAAAAACAACGAUAUGGACAAGUCGAUGGAUGACUUCUUUGCAUUGAGCAAAGAGGAAGCACCAGAUAAUAUUCCCAUGAUGUUCAUCACAAUGCCAUCUUCCAAAGACCCAGAAGCCAAAAUAAGACACCCUGGAAAAUCCUGCAUGACAAUACUGACGAUGGUGAAAUAUGAAUGGUUUGAGGAAUGGAAGGACACUACAGUGCGCAAAAGGGGUGAUGACUACUACAAGUACAAAAUGAGAUUUGCUAAUAACCUCUUUGACUGGGCCUGUACUCUGUUCCCUAAAAUCAAAGACAAGUUGGUUUUCCAGGAUGUGGCGACACCACUGACGAACAUGCACUACCUGGGCGCCCAGCGUGGAGCCAUGUACUCUGCUGAGCACAACCUGGAGCGUUUCCAGGCCGAGGCUGUGGCAAGGAACAGGUGCAACACCCCCGUCAAAAACCUCUACAUCUCAGGCCAAGAUGUGUUCAGCUGUGGGAUAGCAGGCGCUCUGCAUGGUGGACUCCUCUGUGCCUCUACCGUGUUGGACCACAUUGUCUACAUUGACUUGCUCAUCCUCAAGAAGAAGCUGAAACGGAGGAAAGCCAGAGAGCUGGCUGAGCUGGCUAAGAAGAAGCUGCAGUGA